AUGAGACAAGGAAUUCCAAAAGUAGAAAGACAUUUCCUUGAGAGAAAUGGGGGUGUUAUGGUACAUAAGUGUACGUUAACUAAUUCAUGGGUGUCUAAUAAAAGAGGUCUCUCGAGCAGUGAGUGGUCAAAUGCUAUAAAGGCUUCGAUGAAUUCGAAGGCUAAUCGUGGAACGUUUAGGGACGGCGUUGAUGGUAGCCGCUAUAGGUUUCAAAUCUGCAGUGAGAAUAAUAUUAAGAAAUGUUACCACACAUCCGAAAUGCCUGUCCAAAUCGGAGCUAUUGCGCAAUUCGUUCCAUCAUUGGAUCCGUACGAUAAUAGCCAAUAUUUUUUGCCAAAAGAAGUUAUUCGAAGUGUUAGAGGAAGUCCAUUUCUUAUCGAAUGA